AUGUCCUACCAAGACCCUCGAGACUCGGUGUUGAACAAGCCAAAGCCGGUCAUCCAUUUGCCUAAAGAUCUUCUGGAUCGUAUCACCAAAGGUGCUGAGCCAUAUCCCAUCCUACAAGGGAGAAAGUAUGAAUAUGGCACUGCAGGAUUUCGCAUGAAAGCAGAUGUUGGCCUGGACCAUGUCAUCUACACCGUUGGGCUUAUCGCCGCUCUCCGUUCCAAGAAGCGCAAUGCGACGAUCGGGAUCAUGAUCACCGCCAGCCACAACCCGGCGGAAGACAACGGAGUCAAGUUGGUAGACCCUAUGGGUGACAUGCUUGAGCAAUCAUGGGAGGCUUAUGCGACUGUCCUGGCCAAUACUCCCAGUGAGAAGCUCGGGGUGGAAUAUGAGAAAUUGUUGAACGAGACCUUGAUCAGCAACAUCAGCCAAUUCCAUGAACGACCGGCAAAGGUGGUGUUUGCUCGUGACACCCGUGCUUCCGGACCGUACCUGGUCACCGCUCUCAAAGCAGCCUUGGACGCUGUCAAUGUCGAGUAUGCUGAUCAUGGCCUCAUGACCACCCCUCAAUUGCAUUAUAUUGUCCGUUGUAUCAACACCAGGAAUUCCCCAUAUGCUUUUGGCGAGCCGACCGAGCAAGGCUACUAUGAAAAGAUGGCCAAGGCAUUCAAGACCAUCAUGCACGGCCGUACCAUCCACGGACCUAUCACUGUCGACUGUGCCAACGGCGUUGGAGGCCCCAAGUUGAGGGAACUGAUCAAAUACCUACCCUCGGCGAAGGAAGGAGGCAUUGACAUCAAGGUGGUCAAUGAUGAUGUGGUCAGACCUGAAGCCCUCAACUUCGAGUGCGGUGCGGACUUUGUCAAGACUAAACAGCGGGCUCCCCCGAGUUCCAACGCGAAGCCGGGCGAUCGCUGCUGUUCUCUCGACGGCGAUGCCGAUCGUCUGGUGUACUACUAUACUGACGAGCAAAACACCUUCCACCUUCUGGACGGUGAUCGUAUCGCUACUCUUGGAGCUGUUUUCCUUGCGGACAUGACUCGUGUUGCCGGGCUUGACCAGAAACUGAAGAUCGGAAUCGUCCAGACCGCCUACGCCAACGGCGCUGCUACCGAGUAUGUGGAGAAAGUACUCAAGCUGCCAGUCACCAUCACUCCUACCGGCGUGAAACACCUCCACCACGCUGCUGCCCGCUACGACAUUGGUGUCUAUUUUGAGGCGAACGGACACGGCACGGUGCUCUUCUCAGAGAACGCGAUUAAGCUCAUCAGAGAGUCCGAACCCAAGUCCCCUGGCCAGAAACAUGCCCUCGACUCUCUUCGCGCUUGCAUCGACCUGAUCAACCAAGCCGUUGGUGAUGCCAUCUCCGACAUGCUGUUCGCCGAAGUCGUACUUGCUCACAAGUCCUGGACUCUCGAGAACUGGCGCAACACCUACAUCGACCUUCCUAAUCGCCUGGUCCGUGUCGUGGUCAAUGAUCGUUCCAUCUUCAAAGCCGUUGAUGCAGAGAGAAGACUCGAGUCACCCAAGGGCGCCCAGGAGGAGAUCGAUAAGUACUGCCAGAUGUACAUCAAGGGUCGUGCCUUUGCCCGGGCAUCUGGGACAGAGGAUGCGGUCCGUGUGUACGCCGAGGCCCACUCCAAGACUGAGGCGGAGAAGCUUGCCGGUCAAGUCGCCGAGGUGGUGAGGAAGUACGGGACGAUGUAG